CGGAGUCAGCAGAAACAUGGCAAGCUUUCGAUUAUUAAUGGUCUUUUUUGCGACCAUCUCUAUAGGAUGGAGCUCGGUCGUGGCCGAAGAAACAACAGUGCUGAGUGAAGCGGUUAGCGGCUCUGCGCGGGUGAAGCGUCAUCACAGGAAGAAGCUUUGUUACAAAUACGGGAUUUGCGGGGGUGGUGGAUACCAGGGUGGCGGUGGACAUCAGGGAGGAUACCAGGGGGGAUACCAAGGAGGUCACCAAGGAGGGUAUCCUGUGCCACCAAUCAAUAUUGCAAUUAGUCAGUCCCAAUCUUCCGCAAACGAGGGAGGGGGCGGCCAUGCGAAUGGAUACUACCCCAACAACUACCAAUAUAAUGGGGGCUACCCGAACCAAGGGGGUGUUCCCAACAAAGGGGGCUACGGUGGCUACGGAGGCUACGAGGGCUACGGGGGCUACGGCGGGAACCCACACCAGGGUGCUCAUGGGACUGGAUACUUCGGCAACGGUCAGGGAGCUCACAACAAUCAAUUCAAUGGGAACUAUUACGGUCCCGUUGGCGGUGGUGGUCCGGGCGGUUUCCAUGGAGGCGGCUACGGAUUCCAGAGACCCGGUCCUUAUUAUGAUGAGAGCCAUGAAGAGGAGGGCAACAAACCGGCGGAGAGUGAGCCUGAAGAAGGCCCGAAUGGCUACAACGACUACAAUCAGGGCCCAGGGUUCAACCAGGGUGGUUACCAAGGGCAGGGACAAGAACACGGCCAAAACAAUUUCGCUGUAGCGGGAGCUUUUUCUAUUGCGGGUCGCAAAAGUAGUUGAUUAAGUAAUGUAGUGAAUUAUUCUCCCAACGACCAAAUAUUAUUCUAAUACAGUAUUAACUGUUGCGAAAAACCUGUGUGUAAAUACAUAAUGCAAUACUCUAUUUUAGGUUAAUACUUAUAACGUGAA